AGUAACUACAUUUACUGAAAUAAUCCUCAUUUCACAAGCUUACAUACCUUGUUAAAUAAUACCCUCAACAGGCCCGGGCGGGGGUGGUGUGAGAUAUGAGAAAUGAAACAUCCUAACCAGCUCCCUCUGCACACACUUCUCUGCACACCCGGGACUCGGGAUGAAAGAAGACGACGACGACGAAGAUCAAGUCCCUGCAUGGGUGCAGAGUCCAGCCUGAGGAAGGGGGAGGAAGGGGAAGAUUUCCUCCCGAGUGAGUGUGGAUCGAUAGUGGAUAUUAUUGGUAGUGAGCACAUAGAACAGACGCAGCGGACUCUGACAGAGGCCGCCGACUGGCCGCUAUCCAGGCCUAUCAAUCGCAUGGGCUUGGUUGGGCUGGGGGCCAUUGUUGGUGCUAGCAAUGGCUAGGGCGGUUACAGGGGCUUACUCGAAACGAAAAGAGGUUGAGAUGAAUGGUAACUUUUAUGUAACGAAGGAGGAUUUGGGAUAUUAUAAGUUAGUGAGAUAUUAUUGAAGGAGUAAUUCAGUCAUUG